AUUACACAUAAAACGGUGUCCAUUGAAUGUUUCUGCUGUAAAGAAUAUAAGUAAAUAAAAAUUGACAUAAUUAUAAAUGAUUCAACAGACGUUGCAGAAAUGAAAAUUUUGUCAUGGAAUAUCAACGGGAUAAGAGCUAGUAAAAUUGAUUUGAAGAAUCUAUUUGAUUCCCUAAAUGCUGACGUGAUAUGUCUUCAAGAAACAAAGGUUACUCGAGAUAUGCUGGAUGAGCCUACAGCUAUUGUUGAUGGCUAUAACUCAUAUUACAGCUUUUCUAGGAAACGAAGCGGAUACUCAGGUAGGGCUAUGAGCCAGAUAUUAAAGGAACUUCACAAAAUGGAAAUGUGCGGAACUAUGGGAAACCAUCUUCCCUUUAAAAAAGAUGAAUUACAAGAUCUGGAUGCAGAAGGAAGGGCAAUAAUCACCCAGCAUAGGAUCCGGUUUGAAGAUGGAUGUGAAAAAGAUCUGGCUAUUAUUAAUGUAUACUGUCCGAGGUUUGACCCAGAAAGACAUGACCGACACCACUAUAAGUUAAGAUUUUAUGCUUUACUUCAGACCAGGGCAGAGGCGCUGUUAAAAAGUGGAAGUUGUGAAGCAACUGACGAGGAGUCUCAGAAUAACAAAAGACCAAGCAGAAUUUGGUUUAACCAGAUGUUUUGGGAGAGAGGUAGGGAUCCAAGUCUUGAGACGGAGCUUAACCAGGACGAGUUCAGUGCUGUCACACCACACACAGUAGGUGGGAAGUUUGUCGAUACCUAUAGGUACUUCCAUCCUGAAAAAGAAAAUGCUUUCACAAACUGGUGCACUCUAACAAACGCCAGGGCUACAAACUAUGGUAGGAGGCUUGAUUACAUAUUAGCAGACAUUGAACUUGCAACAAAAUGUCUCACAGAUGCCAGCAUCCUACAGGACGUAGAAGGCUCAGACCAUUGUCCUAUAACGAUUAAUCUUAACUGUACAUGUUUACCACCAAAGACAUGUCCCCCAUUGUGUACAAAAUUUAUGCCGGAAUUCAGUGGGAAGCAACAGAAGUUGUCAACAUUCUUCAUGAAGCUGACGAAAAAAGUAACAAGUGAUACUCCUGAUGUUAGUGAAAAUAUUAAAGAAACAGAUGAAGUUGAAGUUGUAAAGGAAGAAAUAAAAAGUUGUUCAAAAUCUGUAAGUAGUUUGAAAAGGCCAGAAAAAUUCAAUAAUGUGCCGCAGCCUUUGAAAAAACAGAAAACUGCGGAGAUGAAAAAGUCUAAUAGCAGUUCAAAACAAGCUAGCUUAAUGUCGUUCUUCAACAAUAAAGGUGCUGAUAAGAAAAGUGCUGUAAAACUAAGCCAGGAUGUUAAAGUUGAACACAUUAAAAGUGCUGACAAAAUUAAAACCAUUGAGACAUCCAGUAAAUAUUUCAAUAAUACUGACAAAUCCACUGAAAAGGCAAAUGAUGCGGAGGAUAAAUCGAUGAAGACGAGUGUCAUUAAUGAAAAUUCUUCAAAGACAGCUAGUGCAUGGAAGAACUUAUUGGGAGGUCUUGGACCAGCUCCCUUGUGCAAGGGUCAUAGUGAACCUUGUGUUUUACGUAUGGUUAAAAAGCCGGGGCCAAAUAAAGGAAAGCAGUUCUACACAUGCGCUAGAGGGGAGGGUUUAAAGUCCAAUCCUGAAGCAAGGUGUGACUUCUUUAAAUGGGUAGUGAAGAAGAAAACAUGAUGAAUUUAAACUAGUUGUCUCUUUUGACUUUUUGGUAGGCCAAAUUGUCUGGACUUUUUUAUCUUUAUUUUCUCACAGAAAUUAGUUAUUCUUAUUUCUUUUAUAUAUAUUUUUACAUGCAAAGAAAAUCUUUUUUUUUUAUUUGGAGAUGGAAUACACUGAAUGUAUUCUACAAAUAAAAUGAAUAUGCCUGUAAAUCUUUUAAUAAUAUUAAUCAGUCAAGACAU